AUGAAUUUUAAAUUUACAAAGGAGCAAUAAUUAUUAAUUGAAGAAAUCAUUAAUAAAGGUUACAAUCAAGAAGACUUUGAGUAGUUCGUCUUUCUCAAGGAACCUCAAAAAGGUACUAAAUUCAUUAUAGUUAGGCUAUGAUUUAAGCCUAUGGACUUAUGAUGAAUUAUUUCUAAUCAUUUAAAAAUAUUAGCAAGAAAGUAAACUAUAGCAUAUAAAUUAAGAAUUAGACUCAUUCUAAAUCUCUAUUCCAGUAAAUUAGUCUGAAUAGCCAGAUAUUUCAGGGUCAUACUAAAUUAUUGAGAAGGAAAUACAUGCUUAAAAUUAAAAAUAAGACCCAAUUAAACUUGUAUAUCAAUUAUUUUUAUACAAUUAGAAUGAAAAAAUAUAUAUUUUUCCAUAUGAAAAAACUAUUAAAUGCAAACAAUUGUACUUUUUUAUUGAUGAAAAUGUUGAGUUAUAAUUUGAAAUUAGUGCGUAAUUUUUGAAGUUUUAUUUAAGGCCUAUUGAAGAAAGAGGAGGAAUUUUGGACUUUUUUUAAAAAACAAUUGUAUUUCCUAUUUAAGUAAACCCUAUGGAAUGGAAGAUUAAAAGAACUCUAUAGGAUUUUGCUCAAUUCAGAAAUCUGCUUUGUGCAGCCUUUCCUGAAUAUAUAGUAUUUAAUCAUUUAAUUAGAUACCAUCUUUUCCAUACAAAGAUAUAGAUGAUUAUGAUAUCAUUAUGAAGGAAUAGUAAAACAUUUUAAAAGUACUCACUGUAUUAUUCAUUUUUAAGUUAAUAGAUAUUUCUGUAAAUCUAUAAUAAAAAACCAAUUAUUAGAACGGUUUGUUCUAGUUUACAUUUUCUAAAUGAAAUGAAUCCUAAAUAAUUUCAAUCAAAAUUUUAUAAUGAGUAAAUUUUUAUAAAAUAAUUUAAUCUCAAUCAAAAAUAAUCAAAGACAGGAACACUAUCUAUUAAAUUCAAUUAAGAGUAAUAUGAAAAAUAUAAAGAUUAUUAAGCAUAUAUAAAUGCUGAAUAAGCAAACUAUGAAAUCAUUUAAAAAAAUUUAGAAUAAUUUGCUGAAUUUACUUAUAAAGGAUAAUAAAGUUUAGGAUUUUCUAUUGAAAUGAUUUCAUAAUUAUGUAUUUCCCUUCCUAAAUACUAUGAAUCAUAAGAAUUUGGAAAAGCUUUAAGUAUGAUAAAGUCUCAUUUUGUAAAAUAUUAAAAUCAUAAUUAGUAAACCUAAAAAGAUUUUGUUUUAAGAUCUACUAAACAAAUUAUGGAUGUGUUAUUGAUUACUCUAUUAAAAUUUAAAAAUUCUAGAUAAUAACUUUUUGAAUUAAAAUCCAAUCUUAAUGAGACAUUUUUAAAUUUUUAGAAUGAGUUCUUUCUUUUAGAAAAAAAAAAAGAAGAACUUUUUACAUUAAGUUUAUAUAUAGUUUAUGUAAGAGGAUAUUUAGAAAUUGGGUUUAAAUUAGGAACUUCUAUAAAAAAUAGAUAUAAACAAGUGUUUUACAGAUCUUAAUUAUGCCAAAGAAAUAAUGUUACCUGAAGAAAGCUUUUAAGUAAACGAAAAAAAAGAUUAAUAUGUCUACAUGUUAAAUCAUUUUAAUGAAUAGUUUGAUUAGUAAUUUUUAAUUGAAACAGAUAAAUUAUUAAAUGAAAUUGAUUUUUAUUUAGAUAAUAUGCGAUAUUUCACUAAUAACCAAGUAAAUAUUAAUUUUUUAUCAUAGUUGUAAAAUUGGGAUUUUCUCAUUUAAGAAUAUGAAGAGUAUAAAUUUCAAUAUAAUUAAAAAUUGAGUGUAAAUGCAUGA